UCGGUACAAACCGGGCAGCUUCUUGCAGGAAGACGCACGGCAGCAAAAAGCUAUACCCUCGUUGUAAUCGGGCUGUGUUAUUGUGAUGUUGUAACUGCCCUUACGAGACAAUUACGUUCAGCACGUGCAACAUUUCCUUAGGAAGAAUCAACACGAUGUCCCUGUGAUCUGUCACACAGUGACAACCUCCCACUCUGGAUGUAGAUUGCACCAUGUUGGAUAAGACCAGCGAUAAAGACCAGCAGACUGGGCACUGCUCAGACUGUGGAUGCAGCCUACGACAGCCUGACUCUGAUUCAGCCGACACCCCAGCCCCUCCUAAACAGCAGCAUGUGGACAAAGCAGCCCGUACUUCCAAAUGUCUAAAGUGCCAGGCGGGCAGCAGCCUCCCUAAUGGGCGACGUCCACACCGCCGCCUCCGUCUGGAACCUCACAGCUGCAGCCUGUGCUCCAAAACCUUCAUCUCCUCCACCCACCUGGCCCUUCACGUGGCCUCCCACAACAAGGAAAGGAAGUUCAGAUGUAGCACCUGUGGCAAGUACUUCCAUCAGUCCUCCCACCUGAUGGCCCACAAGAUCAUCCACAGCGGGGACAGGCCAUUUAAAUGCCCAGAGUGCGGUAAGACCUUCGGCCGAGCCUCGCAUCUGAAGACCCACCAGCGUCUCCACACGGGUGAAAAGCCCUUCAAGUGCACCUAUUGUGACAAGUCGUUCACACAGAAGGCAGGGCUCCUGGCACAUGUUCGACUACACACGGGGGAGCGGCCGUACAAGUGUGAGCAGUGUGGUGAGGGUUUCCGCUCUCUGUCACUCCUGCUCUCACACAAGGCCGAGGAGUCGUCCGGCGAGGCCAAACCAGCGUCAGCACCAGCACUGAACCAGCCCCAGAAGACACAGAGCAGCACCGAGGACCUGAACUGUGGCGUGUGCUGCCGAACCUUUGUGCGGUCGUCAUACAUCCGGCUGCACAUACGCCUCAACAAAGGACAGCGGCCUUAUCACUGCAAAGUGUGCAACAAGACCUUUGUGAAGCUGGAUACGUUUGUGAGCCACUGUGAUAAACACUUGAGGCAGAAAAGGGAUAAAAGUGUGGUAAAGGAUGUUAAAUACAAAGUUGUUAAACCUCCCCAGUUUAUUCCACUCUCCAGGCCUCCUCCUCCUGAAACCAUACCCACUCAGCCUUUAUCCUCGGAGGUCAACACACGCUCCAGAGCCAAAGCAAAGAGUAAAACGGAGCCAUGACCAAGAGGAGUGCACACACCGAGACAGUGUAGUUGAAACUCUCCAAAAUACUGGAAUAUGAUUUAUUUUAACACAAGUUUACUCACUUUCCAGUUUUGUUUAGAAUUAUUUAUUGUGAAUGACACAUUAUCUUUGCAAGUAACACAAUGUUGUUUUAUAAUGUCCAUUGUAGCUCAUAAGGCUACUUGACAUUUGUAAUAGUAGCAUUUCAGUGGCUCUAACCAUUAUAUUCAUGCUUAAAGUUUUCUUACCAUACAAGCCUAAUGGCAUGUAUAACAAAUGACUAUGUAACGUAAAUGGCUAUUUUAAAACAAUAUGCACAUAAGGGUAAACAUAAUGAUAAAAGCAUAGUGUGGAAGACUGAACCAUAUAUUUUGUUGCACUUCGAGACCAUAAAUAUCUGUUAAAAACAAUUUGUCAGUUAUCAAUCAUUGUCUUCUAUGAAGCCUCGUUUCCCACCUAGCCAAUGAGCAUUCAAGUGAAAGUAACAAAAACACUCCACAGUUCAUUAUUUGCAUGAAACCUAUUCGUUAGUCUGCUCUUAUUACAUGGCUCAUAGUGUGCUGUAUGCAUCACCUGGGCCUGUAGUUAUCUCGCUUAACACCACAGGACUACAAGUCGUUUCAGAUGAACCUCACUGACUCUAAACUCAACAGAAGAUGCAUUUGGACUGUUUUCCUGUGGAUCUCCACUUGCUCACGGAGAAUCUGUCACCGCCACAUGGGCAAACGCUUUGUCCCAACCUAUGGACAGAGAGGGAGAAAAAUACAAGUGAGCAAAUCCAAAAACACCAUUUACAUGUUAAGGGUCAAGUUAGUACUCCUGGGAGGCUGAUGUAUGUAACAGAGUCGCAUUGCAUGAAUCACAAAUGUGAAAGACAAUAAAACGAUCAACCACCACUUUAUGGACACAGUCAAUAAAUCAGAUAAGUCGAGUACAAAGUGAAGAUUAAAUGUCUGCCUGGCAGUUGUCUGUUUCUGCUCCAGUUAAUGCUCCAGCGCAGGGUACAUGUGGCGUCCCGGGUUCCUGCGGAUGGUUCCACUAAUGGCGUCCUCAGUGUACACACUAACUGCCCUGUCGAGCAUGAACAGAGUCUGCUUCCAGUGUGUGGGCCUGAAGAGAAAAUGAUUUCAGACACUAAGAUUUACAAGUACGACAACAUUAUUUGCAGCCUGUAACAGAUAUACUGUUACAGGCUGUUAAAAUUGCUCUAAGCGCUCAUAAGCACUGCUAUUCAUGAAUAAACUAUCCUUUUUAAUUUUGUAACUACACAACAUGAGGUAGUAUGUGUUUGUGCUGUUAUACUCAGAGUUAGGUUUGGUGUUGAGCUCCACAGUGGCACCUCCCGUCUCCAGGCUCUCAAACUGAACAGUGAACCAGGCGGUGGAUCCAUGGAAAACACCAGACUUUUCCACGGAAAUGAAACUGAUGCUUUAUUUCCGGAGAAAUGAAACACAGGGCUCGAUUUGUUGCAAAACCCAAUGUGUGGGGGAGUGGAACAACUACAGAUAAAAGGAGGACGCACAGUACCUCCAGGUCUUUGACCUGCAGAGUGUACAUGUCCAGCUGUGGGGACAUCACUAGGAGCAGUGAGGCCAGUCAUUGGACUCAAUGAGGUGGCUGAACUUGGGCUUGGUGAAGAACUCCUGCUGUGCCAAGGGCCUGCAGAGAUGAAAGGUUAUUCAACACUAUGGGGAUAAUGAGGUGGCUGCCACAGAUAACUUAUAUGAAUAACAGGGAAAAGGACAGAUAGAAUCAAAGCACACAUACCAUAAGAUUACUACAAAAUAAAAGAACGUAUACAAAGAUAGCUUUCUGUGAGUGUAUGCAAUAGUAAUGUUAACCAUACAGUGUGUGAUGUACUCUGUAUAGAAAUAUGUUGCACAACUCUACUCCAGUACAGCUCGCUUUAUCCACCAAAUGCUUUUGGCUAUGGUGGCGCCUGCAGCUGUGUCCAGUUUGAACAAAUUCAUCCUCUUCCUGAGAAUGCCAUUCAGGUAACUUUCGAUAUAGUGUCUCUUUAUGCUAGCAUACCCCAUGCAGGGACUGAACACCUUAAACCAUUUCCCCAGGUAGAAUAGAGUGAACAAAUUAAACUUUCACCUUCUGGUGACUCAAAACAUGUUCAGGAGCAGAUAAAUGUUUUAAGGAAAAUUGAUAGAAAACAAAGGGAGGCACUGUUUCAAAGGGAAAUA